UUAACUUCUUGGACGUGGCCAUGCAACGGACGGAGAGGGGAAAAUAGAGCUAGUCAAUUCGUGAGAGAUCAGUGUUCAUUGUACGUUGUUACUCGCUAGCAGCCAGCCGGAACGUCACCUCUGCAGGUUCACUCAUAUCACUGAAAUAUGAAAACGAUAUAUUUCAGUUUACUGGCUUUAAGAGAAUAAGAAACAAGACGAUCGGUGAGCAUGGAAACCAUCGAAUGUAAUGGAACAAAUACAGUGGCCGUGGAGAACUUGUCGGGUAGCUUCAUUUCCAAAGCAGCUACGACUACUAACAAUUCAGCGCCCUCAUUCAGCAACAGGAAAGUGGAACAUAAAAGCAAGAUUAUUUCGGACCUCGUUGUUUCUUCUCAGCUGACGUCCGAAGAGCGUGUUUCAGCUUCAAAUGCAGAAAUUUCGUCAAUACGUAGUGCAAAACAGAUGCACUUGUCAGAGGACAGAGGCACGACGGUCCAGGAGUUCUACAGGGGAGCCAAUGUUCUGAUCACGGGUGGAACGGGGUUCAUGGGCAAAGUUCUGGUGGAGAAACUGCUCCGGUCCUGCCCACAUCUCAGCAGCAUCUACCUGCUGGUCCGAAGCAAGAAAGGCAAGGACGUAGGACUCAGGAUGCAGGAAAUUUUCGAGGACCCGCUGUUUGAAAAGUUGAGAGAAGUACAGCCUGGCUUCAGAGAGAAGAUCCUUCCUGUGGAAGGCGACUGCUCAAAGCCGGGUCUGGAUUUGAGUCCUUGCGACAGACAACGCAUUGUGGAUAAUGUGCACAUUGUGUUCCACAUGGCAGCCACUGUUCGAUUCGACGAGAAGCUGCAAAUCGCUACAGCCAUCAACGUGGUUGGCACUCGAGAGUUGCUACUGCUAUGUCGGGACUGUCCCAACAUCAAGGUGGUGGUUCAUGUAUCCACCGCGUUCAGUCACUGCCACCGCACAUCCAUCGACGAAGAGUUCUACGACCCGCCCACCACUGGCGAGAGGAUUGUUCAGUUAGUCGAAAAGCUGGACGAUAAUACUUUGACCACCAUUACUCCCAAGAUUUUGGGUGCCUGGCCGAACACAUACACUUAUACCAAAGCAAUAGCUGAAGAUAUAGUGAGGACUGUCGGCAAGGAUCUUCCUGUCGGAGUGUUCAGACCCUCCAUCAUCUUGUGUACAAGGAGUGAGCCUGUGCCAGGGUGGAUUGACAACCUGUAUGGACCGACAGGAGCAGUGGCGUGUGUGGGUCUCGGGAUGAUUCGCACCAUGCACUUUAAAGGAAAAAUGGUGGGGGAUAUGGUUCCCUGUGACAUGGCAGUUAAUGCCCUCGUUACUUCUGCCUGGCAUAUCCAUGAGCAGCGAAGCAGAUCUGGCACUGGAGCUAUUCCUGUAUACAACUACGUGUCUUCUUGUGAGAAUCCGAUAAGCUGGGGUGACUAUAUUAACAAGAACAUUAAGUACAGCUGGCAGGUACCAUUCGAUAACGCAGUGUGGAUGGUUACUCUUACCGAGGUACAUGUGCACUCCUUGUACAAAUUGUAUGCAUUGCUGAUUCACCUUCUUCCAGCACUAAUAGGAGACAUUGCCCUGCUUAUUUUGCGACAAAAGCCCAGGUUCAUGAAGACCUACAAGAAACUGCACAAGUUUACAGAUGUCAUUUCAUAUUUCUGCACAAGACAAUGGAAGUUUUCCAACCAGAAUGUGCAUCACAUGUGGAACAAACUCAGUGAAGAUGACCGAAAGAUUUUUGACUUCAACAUCAGUAACCUAAAUUGGGAUCUGUACUUGAGGCAGGGUCUCAUGGGACUCCGCACGUUUGUGCUCAAGGAAGACCCAAAAAAUCUCCCACAAACUAUUAGGAAGAGAUACAGGCUGUACUGGCUUCAUCAGUGUGUGAAGUUCUUCUUCUUCUUCAUAUUUUUGUGGCUUUGUUGGUCGGCCAUCAUCUCCAUCUUCUGAUUCAAUGGAGGAGAACCUUAGGAAAACCUGUCAUUGUAGGAAAACAGUUCAUGAGUUACUUGUUUCGAACACUGAAACUCUUACUGUUGAUCCUUUGUGUGGUAUGUAAUAAGUAUAAAAUAAAUUUCAUUAUUAAGAAUACAUGCAA